AUUUUUUUCAAUGAGUUCUAAUGGCAGUGCAUUGAAGGGAUCAGGUAUAAGAGUAUAAUGAAAGAAGCACCUCCUCCGGAUUUGGCUAAAUAAGUAUUGGCAUAGAAAUUAGCCUAAUAAAUAGUAAAUUAGAUAGUGUCUGAUGAUGUUAUUGAUGAUAAAAUAGAAGAGGAAGAGAAUUAAAACAAAGAGCCAACUUGUUGUUAAAUGUUUUGUGCUCCAUUUACAUUAAAAUAUUAUUAACCAUUUUUUAAUGAUUUGACAACAAAAGUAAUAGCAUAAAAGUUAUGGGCAUCAUUUUUUCCAUUUAAGGCAACUUUUUUUGAGAUUUAAGAUGGGAAAGCAGAUUUAUAUGGGCCAGUAUGGAUAUAUGCAACUUUAGUAUUUUCGGUAGCAGCAGCAGGAAAUAUUUCAGGUUAUUUGGCAACUCCAAGCAAUAUAGCAUUUCAUUAUAAUUUUGAUUUUAUACCAACAGCAUCAUCUCUAUUAUUUGGAAUAGCUUUACUAGUACCAUUUGCAAUUUAUAUGGUGAUGAAAAUGUUAGGAGGUAGACAUCUCCAUUUAUCAUCUGUCAUAUGUAUUUAUGCUUAUGCUUAAACUUGUAUAAUACCUGUAUGUAUAGUUUGCUCAAUACCAAAUCCAUAAUUAUAAUGGGGAGCAUUAAUUUAUGCAAUGAUUAAUUCCUCUUUAUUUUUGAUUGUUAAUUAUUGGGGGUAUAUUAUAAAUACAAUAAAAUUUAGAGAACUAGAAAAAAAUAUACAAGCUAAAAAACAUAUAGUAAUCUGGUUAAUUGCUGGAUGUUAAGUUGUUUUGUUGUUAUUAUUCAAAAUGUAUUUCUUUUUAUAUGUUUACACUAAUCCAUAUACUGGAUCCAGAUUUGAUCAACUUACAAAGAUUGUAUAAUUUAUUUAAGUUAAUUUAGGACCGUAUUGAUCACUCCUUUUUACAUCAUUAACAUUGA